ACUCACGCAUUCCGCCGCGUUUUCAUGCGGAAUGGGCCGUGCUUGGGGCAAAGGCUGGAACAAAUGGCAGUCAUCGAGCAAUAGCAAGCCGUACUGGCGCCAGUUUGUGGAUCCAUCAGACGACCCAGCAGUGAUCUCAUGGUGCCGUCAGCGCAUCAGCGAAUUCCUGCGCUCGGGAGAUUCCCAGCAGGAGAUGGAGUGGCUGAGCAACUCCUACAGGAACACCAUACGUAGCCUUGCCCCUGAGAUGGGUGCAGCAUGGCUCAAGGUGUCCAAGGGCGUGUAUGCGCUGGCACGGCCAACAGGCAUCCAAACCGACCCCAGUGUUCUGAGGGAGAAAUUGGUGGAGUCAGUGAGGCAGAUUUGUGAGCAAGCUGGUGGCCAGUGCAAGGUCUCCCACAUCUCCCGGGAGCUGCCACAAGAGCUUUGGGUUUCAGCAGCUGCCGAGCUGAAGCUUCGAAACUUGAAGCAAUUGCCAGAGAGCUGCAGAAAGGAGUGUCAGCUCGCCGAGCUUCGACUGGUCCGCAACAGCUUCUCCCUGGGCGAUGCGGACGGGUUUCCCGCAUCCUUUUCAAAGGGUCUGUUCAAUUCUGGAACAUUUUCCUGGUAAUUUGGGUGGGUGUCUUGCUGGAUUUCUGAGCAGGAUCAAUGAAAAGGAUUGUUGGUGGCUUUUGGUGCUCCCAGGAAAUCUGGGAGGUCACUUGGAUGUUCGGCCAAGUUCGUACGUUGCUAAAUGUUGCUAACCCAGGUCAUGAUUUUCGCGAGGUCAAUUUCUGCUAACAAUGGGCCUUUUCACCAGGACGGCUACGCGGACGCCGUCUUCGUGCGCUUCAGCGCCUCCCGCCUGGCGGCGGCGGCCGCGGCGCUCAGCGCAGUGAAGGCGCCGCGCCGCGUGGCGCGGCAGCGGAGCGAGGCCCUGGACUUCCUGCGCCGCGACGCGCGCGCGGAGCCGCGGGGCUUGUCCUCCGCGGAGAUGUCACCUUUGUGGGGGAGCCGACAGCGGCUGCCAGCCUUUGCUUUGGGGCCUCAGAUAUGCGCAGCGAUACGAAGGCACCAGGUGACACUGAUCCUGGGCGCUACAGGCUGCGGCAAGACCACACAGGUGCCUCAGUUCAUCUUGGAGGAUUUCCUCCAGAGGUCCGCGCAUUGCCGCAUCGUGGCCACGCAGCCCCGGCGCAUUUCUGCGGUGUCCGUGGCGGAGCGAGUGGCCAAGGAACGAAAUACUCGGCUCGGGGAAUCCGUGAGCUUUAAGAUUCGCUUCGAGGACAAGAUCGAAGACACCACGCAGGUGGUGUUUUGCACGGUCGGUAUCCUGCUGAAGGUGAUGCAGAGUAAUCCCAAUCUAGAUGGGGCCACACACAUCAUUGUUGACGAGGUGCACGAGCGGGAUUUGCACACCGAUUUUCUUCUAAUCCUGCUACGCCGCGUGCUGAAUGAGCGACCCGAUCUGAAGCUGGUGCUGAUGUCUGCCACUGUGGACCCCUCGGCCUUCCAAAGCUACUUCGAAGGCAUUCACACCGUGAGCAUCCCAGGGAAGACCAACUUUCCCAUUCAGGAGCUUUUCCUUGAGGAGAUCUUGCCAAAGCUGCCAGAUCGCCCAGGCUGGCGCCGCAGCGGGAAAUCGAAUUCCAAGGGCUCCAUGGGCCAAAAGCCGCUGCCGGUUCCUCAAGACGAGCGCGCCCUCGCAGAGGCCUUGCAGCUUCCCAUGGACCUGGCGACAGACCUGGCGUGGGUGCACCAGCAGCGGCCGGAGGACAUCGACUACGAACUGGUUGUGCAGGUUGUGCAGAUGAUCCAUGGGUCCAACGAGCCUGGCGGCAUCCUGAUCUUCAUGCCCGGCUGGUUUGAGAUAACCAACACCAUCGAGCGGCUUCAGGCCUUGCCCUUUGCUGCAGACCUGUCGAUCCAUGCCCUUCACUCAAGGCUUCCCACUUGGGAGCAGCAGGCCAUUUUCGCGCCGCAGAGUGGGCGGAAGGUGGUGGUGGCGACAGUGUUGGCGGAAACCUCCAUCACCGUGGAGGACAUCGUCUAUGUGGUGGAUUGUGGCCGCAGCCGCAGCACCUUCCUGAACGAGGACACCAAGAUCUCGGCUCUGCGCACGGUGUGGUACAGCAAGGCCAACGGCUUCCAACGCCGGGGCCGCGCCGGCCGGUGCCGCCCCGGGGUGUGGUUCCGCCUUUUCAGCUCGCUGCAGUGGGAGGCCAUGGACGAAUACCAGCUGCCCGAGAUGCAGCGCUCGCCCUUGGAGGAGCUUUGUCUUGAGGUGGCCUCGCUUCAGCUGGGCCGGCCUGUAGACUUCCUUGCAGAGGCCUUGAGCCCACCGUCCAAGGAGGUGCUACAGCACGCCUUGGAGCUUUUGCACCGCCUGGGCGCCGUCACCGACGCGGAGGGUCACAGUUUGACGCCGCUGGGGGAGCAGCUGGCGAGGCUGCAGGUUCACCCGAUGCUGGGGAAGCUGCUCUUGCUGUCAGUGCCCUUCCGCUGCCACAACCAGAUGCUCACCAUCUGCGCAUCCCUGGGCUACAAGUCUCCCUUCCAGUGUCCCAUGGGUAUGGAGAAGGCCGCGAACCAAGCGCGGCUCAACUUGGCCCAAAAGUCCCGCAGCGAUUUGAUCGCCUUGGUGAACGCCUAUGAGGGCUGGCGCGUGGGCAAGAGGGACUUUGCCAGGAGGAACUUUUUGUCCCACGAGACGUUGGACUACAUCCACCGCCUGCGGGAGGAUUUGCGGUCCACCAGUCGGGAGGUUCUUAGCACGGUGCCGGAAGACCACACGGACCCGGACGACCUGGCGGAGGCGUGCAAGGCGGUGCUCACCGCGGGUCUCUUCCCCAACUUGGCCUGGCUCCAGCGCCGCGGGAAGGGCAAAAGCAUCUCGGGCCUUCCCGUCGUGGUACACCCGGGCAGCGUCAACAGCACAGAAGAGUGGUCCACGGUGGUCUUCUACGAGAUCCAAGAGACCAGCAACCGCUUCCUCUACGACUCCACGGUGGUGGGUCUAGCGCCUUCGCUGCUCUUCGCGCCGUCGCGGUCCUGGCGCGAAGUACACCGCGGGAAGCGCGUGGUGGUGGAGCUGGAGCAGAGCUGGCACGUGGCGGUGGACGUACAGGUUGCAGACGAGCUCUUCAAGCUCAGGCAGCUGGUGGCCAACUUCCUGGACACCGUGGUGGGGCGGGUGCCCAGCCAAUGGCAGCUGGACGCCGCCGCGGAGCUUCAGAAGCUCUUCGCAGAGAAAGUCGCCACCGCCGGCGGCGACGUGUCCGACGCGGACACGGAGAUGCAAUCGGUCGCCGAAGAUGCGUGGUGAGACCAA